AUGUUCAAGCCUUCGUUCCAUCGAUCAUUUGCUGGAAAUCUCAAAAAGUUUCACUCGUUUUCAUUAGCAAGAUCCGUUUAUCAACAACCGAGUUUUGACAUCAAUGAUUCCAAUAGCAGUGAUUUGAAAAAUGAUAAAAAGAUUGUUGAAAUUCGAAGAAAGACUAUAUCAGAUAUCUAUAAUAUUUACCAUAAAAAAGAACCAAUAACAGUUUUAACUGCCCACGAUUUUAUAACAGGGAAAUUUGCAGACCUAGCUAAAACCGACAUUGUUUUAGUUGGAGACUCGCUUGGAAUGGUUAGUCUGGGAUAUCCAUCAACCAACGAAUUACCAUUUGAAGAGUUUUUAUAUCAUGUCAAAUCUGUUUCAAGAGGAGUGAGACAAAGUUUUUUAAUAGCAGAUUUACCCUUCGGAACCUAUGAAACGUCUAUUGAGAAAGCCGUUGAAUCUUCAAUACAAUUAGUCAAAAAUGGAGCCAAUGCAGUCAAACUAGAAGGAGGAGUUGAGUAUCUUGAUACAAUAAAAAAACUAUCAUCAAUUGGAAUCCCGGUGGUUGGACAUAUUGGUUUAACUCCCCAACGUCAUAAUUCUUUAGGUGGUUUUAAAGCGCAGGGAAAGAAUGUCAAUAAUGCUUUAGAAAUUUUUAAAAAUGCUCUAUGUUUGCAAAAAACUGGUGCUAAACUACUUUUGCUAGAGUGCAUUCCUCAAAAAUUGGCUAAAUAUAUAACUGAGAACGUUUCAAUACCAACAAUUGGUAUCGGUGCAGGAAAUCACACAAGCGCUCAAGUCAUUGUUCAGAGUGAUCUACUAGGUAUGCAUGGAGUUAACUCCUUGCCUAAAUUUGUUAAACCAUAUGAGAAUUUUUUAGAAAAGGGAGUUUCUGCGAUUAAAAAGUACAAUCAUGAUGUGAAGACCAGAGCAUAUCCGGAAACUGGUAUACAUACGUUUACCAUCAAAAAUUCGGUGUAUUUAGACUUUUUGGAGAUAGCUGAAAAGAUUAAAACCUACCCAUUGAAAGACUUGCAGUCAUUUGACCUGGACGUAAAUUGA